AUGCCGCCCCUGGGCCGCUUGGCCAUCGCCACCACGUUUGGCGGGCAGCCCAUCAAAAUCCCCUUCCCGCGACUUUUGGAGGACCUGUGGGUGCGAGAAGGGAAGAUCCUCAACCCGGAGAAACUCUUCUUUGACGAGAAGGGCUCUGCUGACAUCCAGCUGGACUGCAAGAACAGCAUCAUCGCCCCGGGCUUCAUCGACGUCCAGAUCAACGGAGGCUUUGGGGUGGACUUCUCCCUGGCUACAGAUGACUUCAAAUCAGGGAUUGACUUGGUCAGUCAGAAAAUCCUCUCCCAUGGAGUGACCUCCUUCUGUCCCACCCUGGUGACCUCUCCUCCAUCUGUGUACCACCAGGUUCUCCCUCAGAUCAGUAUAAGAAAUGGUGGAGCCCACGGAGCAGGUAUCCUGGGGGCCCAUCUGGAAGGACCGUUCAUCAGCAAGGAGAAGAAAGGGGCGCACCCGGAGCACUGUCUCCGCACCUUUGAGGCAGGUGCCUUCCAGGACCUGCUUGCCACCUACGGGUCCCUGGACUGUGUCCGGAUAGUCACCCUGGCCCCAGAGAUGAAGAGGAGCAGUGAGGUGAUCCGGGAGCUCACCAAGCAGGGCAUCUGUGUCUCGCUCGGUCACUCGGUGGCUAAUCUCUCUCAGGCUGAGGAGGCUGUGCAGCAUGGCGCUACCUUCAUCACUCACCUCUUCAAUGCCAUGCUGCCGGUGAGUAGCCGAGGGCGCUUGCCCUGCACUGCUGGUCCUCUCUCCCCUCGAGCAGUUCCACCAUCGCGACCCUGGUUCUAUGGCAUGAUCUCGGAUGGCAUCCACACCAACCCCGCCGCCCUACGAAUCGCCCACCGAGCCCACCCCAAAGGCCUGGUGCUGGUGACGGAUGCGAUUGCUGGCAUGGGGCUGGCACCAGGUCGGCACACACUGGGUCAGCAGGUGGUGGAGAUCGAUGGGCUGAACACCUACAUUGCAGCUCAGCACGCCUUGCAGUGCUUGUUGGUUGUGCCACCCUCUUGGGUUUUGGUGCCUGAUCGGUGCAUGAUCUCGGAUGGCAUCCACACCAACCCCGCCGCCCUACGAAUCGCCCACCGAGCCCACCCCAAAGGCCUGGUGCUGGUGACGGAUGCGAUUGCUGGCAUGGGGCUGGCACCAGGUCGGCACACACUGGGUCAGCAGGUGGUGGAGAUCGAUGGGCUGAACACCUACAUUGCAGGCACAAAGACCCUGAGCGGUAGUGUGGCAACCAUGGACACAUGUGUGCGACACUUCCAAGAAGCCACAGGGUGCUCAGUAGAGACUGCGUUGGAGGCAGCGUCUCUGCAUCCCGCCCAGCUCCUGGGGAUUGAACACAAGAAGGGGACACUAAAUUAUGACUCCGAUGCAGACUUCCUGAUGCUGAAUGAUGGUCUGUAUGUGCAAGCCACGUACAUCGCGGGUGAGGAAGUCUGGAGACAGGAUGCGUUAGGCAUGUGACGCUGGGCUGUCCUGGUGCCCUCCGAGGCUCCCCGGCACUGUGGUUAGCAGCUUUGGUAACCACGCCACUUCUCUUCUUUUUUUUUUUUUUUUUUUUUAAUUCCUUCCUGCAACUCCCUUAAAGGAGCCUCAUACCAAAGAGCUGCGUUUUCCAGCGCAACCGCUGCUUCCAGU